AUGGAUACAACUGAUUCAUUAUCAAAACAACAACAACGUAGUACUUUAAGUCAAGAAAAAAUUUUAAAUGAUAUUAUAUCAUAUCUUGAAUCAUCUCUUCCAUUAAAAUAUUCUAUAAAAUGUCAAUAUAUAGCUGCACAACAAAUUCGACAAGCAGGACAAACGCGUACUAGUUUAAAAUAUCUUAAUAGUCUUUCAGUAAUGCCACGUUUAUCUGAUCAACCAAAUAAAGUAAUUCACGAUGAAAUUUUAUUUUAUUUAUUAACUUAUAGCGACGAUGCACAUCUGUUAGAUUAUUAUAUUCGUCAUGAAUUGUAUACUCAAGCUUUUGAAAAUAAAUGUUCAUUAACAGUAUUUCGUGAUCAUAUAUAUAUGCCAUUAUUAAAACGUAAUCAUAUCAAACAUCUAUUUAGUUAUAUAUUAUCACAUAACAAUCUUAAUUCAUUUACACAUCAUUUAAAAUUUAUUUGUACAUAUUUAAAUGAACAAGAAAUGUAUCAUUCCUUACAACAAUUACAAUUAUUUAUGAAUGAUUUUAUAAAUGCAGCAAUUACAUCAGUUAAAUUAUUUACUUUAAAUCGAACAACAUAUAUAGAUUUAUUUGAAAAACGUUUAAAUUAUUUACAAAAUGCUUUAGAAUGUUUUCAACAAGGAAAAGUUGAUACAGAACAAUCGAUGAUAAAAAUUCAAAGUACUACAAAUAAAAUUGAUCUUCAAUUAGAAAUUACUCGUUAUAUUUACACCCAAUUAAAACGACUUAAUACGAAUGGUUCAAAUAUAUUAAUUAAUUGUCCAACAGUAUUUGAUGGAAAAGAAUCCAUAUUUAAACUUAUCUCAGGUUUAAUAACAAUAUCUGAUACAAUAACAAAUGCAUUUAAUUUAAUUAAUAAAAUAACCAAGGAAAUGAAUUUUUCACCAACGGAAGUAUUUGUUCCAUGUGCUGAACAGAUUGGUAAACGUCGUGAUUAUCGUUCUCUUCAACAAUUACUUCAAUUAGUACGUGAAAAUGGUUAUACAGAUAAUAAAUUAUAUGAUGAUAUUAUUGAAAGUUGUGUACGACACUCGGGUUCUGAUGUUGAACAAAGUCGAGAACAAGAUACAUUAAUUCAAAUGAUUAAGAAUGAUGAUACUCGUAUAAAUGUUUAUAUUGCUGUUGGUAAAUUACGUGCUGCUUAUUUAAUAGCUAUUCGUCUUGGAAAAGAAGAUAAAGUUCGUUUGAUUCGGGAUGAUGCACAAAAAAGUGGUCAAACAGCUGUUUAUGAUAUAUAAUCCAUCAGUUCUGAUCAUAUUGAUUUGUUAAAAGACAAAGUAAAACAAGAAAUUGAUGAUAAUAAAAAUCAAAUUCAUCAAUUAUACUUAACCAAAACUCAAGAUAUAAAUAAAAUUAAUACUCAAACUUCAAAACUUGUUGAACAAUGUGAACAAUUAGAAAUUAAACGAGAAGAUCUAAUUAAACAAAUUGAAGAUUAUUCAAAAUUAGAAAAUCAUGCACGUCAUGUUAAUUCUAAUUAUCAUCAAGUUCAUCGUUUAAAUCAAUUUAUUAAUGGUAUUAAACAAUUAAUUCAGUUACACAAUCAUAUUCAUGAAUGUCGACAAUUAUGUAAAAAAGGUGCUUUAAAUGAAGCAAAAAAUUUAUACGAAACUAUAGAAAAUCUAAUUAAUAAUGAAUAUUUAUUUCCACAUAGUAAUGAUAAAUUUUAUCAACAACAUUAUCCACUAUAUGAAACAUUUCAAAAAUAUGUUAGACAACUACGUACAGAUAUUUGUCAAACACAUCAUACUUUAUGGAAUGAUGGUGUUGAUCGAACCACUAAAAAUCAAUUGAAAUUAAAUUUAAAUUAUCUUGAUCAACUUUUUCAAUGUAUAUUUCAUGAAGAAAAAGGAGAAAGAUUAUUAAUGGAAAAAAAUAUUCAAACAUUUGCAUCGUAUUGUUUUCAAGGAUUUAUUCAUAUAUUAAUUGAGAAAAAAAUGAAAUUAGUUAUUGAUGUUGAAACAACUAUGGUUUUAAUACGGAUGGAAAACAAUGAAGAAAUAGAAAGAAAUGAUAUCGAAGAAUUCGAUGAAACAUUAAAUUAUUUAAAGAAAUUUUUCGAUGUAUUGAAUAUACAUUUGUUAUCAAGAGUGAUGAAAAUUCAAACAUCGAAAGAAAAAUCGGUUGAAUCAGUUUCAAUCAUGAACAUUUACUCUUCAACUAUCGCCAAUGAUUUUAUUGAGCUUAUUCGUGAACGUCUAUUAAAUAUUAUUCCAAAUGAUUUUCAAUACAUCGAAAUAUUUCGUUCAUUAUUACAAACUGUCACGGAUUUCGAAAAAUAUUUAAUCGAAAUAAAGUUUUUUUCUGCUAAUAAAAUCUCAAGUGUCAUUUCUUCUGUUGUUGGAAACAUCGAUGAAUCAAUAAUAAAAAGUCGUUGUCGUACAUAUUUAUUUCAAAGUCGACAAUUACUUCAAUCAAAUGCAAUUAUUACAACUUCAUUGAAAACAAUUGAAAUUGGUGAUGAUGAACAAUUAUUUAAACAAAAUGAACAAGAUAAAGAAAAAUAUAAAAAUGAAACUUCAUCAAAUAUUUUAUCAUCAACUAUUAGUUUAGAUGAAUUAGAUGCUAAUAUGUUUCGAUUUCCACGUACAACUAUUGUGGAACAUGUUUAUGAAUAUAUGGAAUUUAUUCGAACUGUUUUACAAGAAGCCGAUCAAUUAGAAAAUUAUGGUGCACAUCUUUGUGCAACAGCAAGAAAUAUGAUGGAAUUGUUUCAUGUAAUAUACGCAAAUUUACAUGAAAGAAAAGCACAAGAAUUUCCUUAUUUGACCGCUUUACAUUUUAAUACGUAUAUGUAUGUUGCACAUGUAUGUCUUAUUCUUGGUGAAGAAUAUUAUCAUUUAAAAACUAAAACAGGUGAUGGUCAACCAAUAACAUUUGUUGAUUAUGUUCCUAUAUUUCGUAAUCAAGCAGCUAAUUUACUUAAAUCUCAAUUAGAUAUUCAAAGAGAUAUAUUAACAUCUUUUAUUAAAGAAAUCGGAGCAUUUCAUAAUAUUGUUGACGAAGACGACAAUCAAGAUAUAUUAAAACGAGCUAUCAAUCAAUGCAUAAUGCAUAUGGAAAAUCUUUCACAUAAUUGGCGUAAUGUAUUUUCACCUCAAGUUUAUUUUAAAGUUAUUGGAUAUCUAUGUGAUCAUGUUAGUCAUAUUCUUAUCAAAGAAACUUUAUCACUUGAAGAUAUUCCUGAAAAAGAAUGUCAAAUAAUGGUAGAUGUUUUUACACAAUGGUCAACAUUUUUACAAAAUAUACUCGUUAAAGAUGAUCUUAGUCCUGGUUUAAAUAUUCUUGCUCGUUUAGCACCAAACUUAACAAGAUUUAAUGAAUUAUGUCUUGUUCUAAAUAGCUCUUUACAAAAUAUUGUUGAUCGAUGGUUUAAUGGACAAGGACCACUUGCUAGUCAAUUUACAGCUUUAGAAAUUAAACAGCUUAUUCGAGCUCUUUUUCAAACAUCUGAAAGACGAACGGCGGCUCUUGCUAAAAUUCAAUAA